AAAGAUGAAAAACAGGACAGAAAAUCAAAGAAAACCAGAUUGGCCAACAUUAAAGCCGACAUAGAUCAAUAGCAGAGCAAGAAUUUAAGGUGCAACAAACACAGAUACUGUGUUUCCUAGUUGAAUCCAGCUGCAAGAUGUCCAUAGCUUUCUAUCAGCAGAGCUUCCUGGCCAACGCCCUUUCUUCAACCCUCAAACCCACCAAUAAAAACAGGAACAAGCUUGUGAUUCCUUUGAAUGACAGACCCAUCUCAUCUGUGUACCAAUCUGAUGAUCCCAAAGAUUCCUCAAGGAAGAAUGAGAAUCAAUUGGCAAAGCUGGCAAUAGUGACAUUGGCAGCUGGGGUUUUGACACUGGGUUCAGUUGACCCAGCAUCAGCCGCCAAGACCGGUGGCCGGGUCGGCGGUCAGGCCUUCCGGUCGUCAGCUCCCCAGUCGUCCUUACCAAGAAUCAACAAUUCAAGAGUGAAUAUUGUGCUAAAGGAACACAGUCCAUUUACCUUUUCUGAUACUUUGCCCUUCGAGGAAGAAGUUCUGUUUAUUUUUGUCAAUAUGUUUCUCUCUGCCAAUGCACUGAUAUUUCCUUUGCAAAGAUUCCAUGGACCAAUGUUUAUGUCAAUCCUCCAGUUGCCCCACCCCUAAUCGGUGGGUAUGGGUAUGGCUUCGGUGUACCGUAUUAUGGAGGGUGGGGUUGGUCACCGUUUUCAUUCUUCGCCCCAGGUCCUGGUGUUGCCAUUGGCGUUGGGGGUGGAUUCGACACCUUGGUUCUGUUCUUAUUUCUUGGGGCUGUUGCAGCUGUCAUCAGGAGAUUCUUUGGAUCUAGGGAAGAAGAAGAUGAUUACUAAUGUAAAUUAGAGCUGUUUAUACAUGUUCCUACAGAAGCAGCCUUACUGUUCUUGGGGAGGCUGUUGAACAUCCUCAGCUAGCUGUAGUAAGAAGGUUAAAAAAUAUCAUAGUUCAAACUUAGUGUGGAAAUGUGUAACCAUCUAGAUACAGGCACCUGAUUAAGUGCGCAUAUAUAUAUGGCCUGAGAAUUGGAGUGCGUCUCUGUAAUUUGCUCAUCUUGAGAUAGCAAUGUUCAUAAUGAUACCCAAAUCACGAGGGCCUUGACCUGAAUGAGAUACUCUUCUGGCUUUGUAUCAAAACUUUUUAACUCUUUUUCAGAAUUAGAUUCAUUUAGUUC